CGGAGCUUCUGUUCGGCGCGCGACGGGCUGCCUGGGAAGCGCGUGUGUCGGUGAUUCCUCGGGUUCGUCUGUUUUUGUCGGUGGUCAAGUGGGCGGUUGAGCCUGAAGAGGAGUCGGUUACUCCCGAGAUUACGAGAGAUAUGCGUAUCUUUACAUACAUUUCUAUGAAGUCGUGAGUGUUUUUUUUUUUUCCUCUGUCGUGCUCAGUUUUAACAACAACACAGGACACAGCAGAGCAGGCAGGGGGGCGGGUUUUUAAUAUCAGGAAAACAAAACUUUUUUUUAGCUUUUUUUUUUUCCUCAGAUCAACAUGCCUCAGACACCUCAUUUCCCACCUAUGUUUGGCACCAGUGGGUAUAACAACAAUCUCUGUCAGACAAAAGAGCAGAGUUAUGGGGGUCUGCAUUACCAUGACAACAACCUUGUGUCAGGAUCUCUUGAGGCUCUCAUUCAACACUUAGUCCCCAGUGUUGACUACUACCCAGAUAGGACCUACAUCUUCACCUUCCUGCUCAGCUCCAGGCUCUUCAUUCACCCCUUUGAGCUGAUGUCCAAAGUGUAUCACUUGGUUGUGGAGCACCAGAGGCUUAGUGAACCUCAGGCUGACAAGAUAAGGUUAAGGAAGAUUGCCCCGAAAGUCCUGCAGCUGCUGACAGAGUGGACGGAGACUUUCCCGUAUGACUUCCGGGACGAGCGCACAAUGCGUCGCCUGAAGGACCUCACCCACCGCUUAUCCAGUGGGGAUGAGCUCUACCGUAAGGCUGUCCAACAGAUGACGCAGGGUCUGAUCCGUAAGCUAACGGCCCUUGGUCAAUAUGAGGAGACCUUGAUGAAGAUCAGCAUCACAGUGACAGACAGGCUAGCAGUGCUGAAGACCAAACCCCAGGCCAUCCAGAAGGACAUCUUGACCAUCUGCAAUGACCCCUUCACCCUUGCCCAGCAGCUCACACACAUAGAGCUGGAGAGAUCAAGCUUCAUUGGACCUGAGGAAUUUAUCCAAGCAUUUAUUCAGAAAGACCCACGUGACAAUGAUAAGAGUCGGUUUAGUGGCCACAAGAAGGCGCGCAACCUCGAGGCUUACGUGGACUGGUUCAACCGACUCAGCUACCUGGUGGCCACAGAGAUCUGCAUGCCCGUGAAGAAGAAACAAAGGGCGCGGGUCACUGAAUUCUUCAUCGAUGUGGCACGAGAAUGUUUCAACAUCGGCAACUUCAACUCUCUCAUGGCCAUCAUCUCUGGCAUGAACAUGAGCCCUGUGUCUAGACUGAAGAAAACCUGGGGCAAAGUCAAAACAGCCAAGUUUGACAUUCUUGAGCAUCAGAUGGAUCCUUCCAAUAAUUUCUACAACUACCGCACAGCACUCCGGGGAGCCACGCAAAGGUCCAUAACGGCACAUAGCAGCCGAGAGAAGAUUGUUAUACCUUUCUUCAGUUUAUUAAUCAAGGAUGUUUACUUUCUAAAUGAGGGAUGUGCCAACCGACUACCAAAUGGACAUAUUAAUUUUGAGAAAUUUUGGGAACUUGCCAAGCAGGUGAGUGAGUUCAUGGCUUGGAAGAAAGUGGAGUGUCCCUUCGAGAAAGACCGAAAAAUAAUAGCAUACCUCCUGACUGCUCCAGUCUUCAAUGAGGACGCCUUGUAUCUGGCCUCGUAUGAAAGUGAAGGUCCCGAGAAUAACACAGAGAAGGAGAGAUGGAAAUCUCUGAGGUGUGUGCGAGGCAUCCGCACUGUGCAUCAGGUCCACUCUACUGCUGAAGUACUGAAGAUGUGCACAGCGUGCAGCGGACUCCAAAAAUAAACACGUGUCGCGGUCAAAGAUGGGGUGACAGUCUUCAGUGUUUUUUUUUUUUUGACACACUGAUAAGAGACUAUAUCUGUUUGUUACUGAAUGUUUCUAGACAGUUUUUCAUCUCUUUGUAACAAUUUGUAUUCUUUUUGUAUCUUUAAUUAUUAUGGAAGAAGAGCCAAGAACAUAAUGCCAUUCUUUAAUUCAUCUGCCACCAUGCCAUGCACCAGUUAGUUGUCCUUUCCAAACAUCUUUACUGUGUUUGGCAGAAAGAGGAGUUUGCCGCUGGUUGGCUUACUCCGUCAAAAAUUUUCAAAAGCUGCUCUCUGAAACCAGCAGUGUAUCCUACUUCGUUCCAGACACCUGCACUGUGCAUCAGCGAUAUACCUGAUGUAUCAAAAAUUUCACUCCAAGCUUCACAGUAUUUGUAGUUUUGUUCCAUGUGGAACAAAUAUAUACCUGUGAAUAAUGUAUAAAUUAAUGCUUCCAUAUAUUUGAUUUGGAAGAGGGGUUUUCUUGAAAGUGUGGUUAAACGUGUGUUUAUGGUAGUUCCAGUUCAGCGUAUCGUAUUGAAGUGUAAUAUGAAAGCACACAAAUGCUGGCUGUGACCCACCGGCCCUUAUUGUCUGCGGCAUUAAUAAGGCGAGACGCUUUAAUGAAGUGUUUGUGUGCAGAUGCCAGGACCACCUCCCUUUUUCUUUAUUACCAGUGUUGUUUGGACUCCUCCGUCAGCCACUUUACAAAGUAAAUAUAGCACUGAAGUACGACUAGUGGUCCAGCGCUUACAUUCCUCCGGUGCAAGAGAGGAACUGAAUUUCACGCCACGUAUUACUAGAGAUGUAGUAAUUUUACGCAAACCUUGUGUGUGGCAGAAGAGAGAGUCAAAAAUAUUGACAGUACCUGUUUUCAUAUAAUGUGAAAUGUCAGAGAUGCACUUUGCAAGUGUGUUUUUGGUCAUGUUUUUCUAUUGUGUUUUCACAUUUUUGAAAUGUACGUUUCCAAAUACUUUUGGGGCUAUUGUCUUUUUCAUUUUAUUUGCUCAGACUGCUAUAACAUUGUUCUCAAUUCUGCACUAGGUACAUAACAAGCUUUGGUAGUUAUUGCCCUCGCAUAUUUUAUAAAAAUUUAUAGGGGGAAAACUAUUAAGGUUCCGGUACGUAAAAAUUAAGUUAAACCUUUUCGUGGUUAUUUAGCUUACCCUGACAUUGCUUUUUCUUUAAUGAAAACCCACUUGUGUUACAUUAAAUCAUAUAGGUGUACUGUGUAAAAUAUAUAUACUUUUCUGCGUACUGUAUGUAUUGUCUCUCCCGAUGGG